AUGGCCACUGUGUCUAUACAGCAAGGUUUAUUGAAAGGUGGAAAAUCACAAAAUGAUAAUGGAUUUCAAUACUACGAGUUCUUGGGGAUACCAUAUGCAAAACCACCUGUGGGAGAUUUAAGAUUUAAGAGUCCCCAAUCACCAGAAGCAUGGGAAGGCGAAAGAGAUGUCACAGUUGCCAACAAAGAGAAUACAGCAAUGCAAAUUGAUAUGAUUGGUGGUAAAGUUAUAGGAAGCGAAGACUGUCUUUAUCUAAAUGUCUAUACCCCAACUCUUCCUCAUGAAAAUGCUAAACUGCUCCCUGUAAUGGUGUUUAUACAUGGCGGCGGCUUUAUACACGGAAACGGAAUUUUAAAGAGUGAAAAUGGUCCAAAUUUCCUUAUUGAACACAAUACAGUAAUAGUUACAAUUAACUACAGGCUAUCUAUCUUUGGAUUCCUGUCCUUAGAUAUUCCGGAGGCAGCAGGAAAUAUGGGCCUUAAAGAUCAGGUUAAAGCUCUUCAAUGGGUUCAAAACAAUAUAUGUCAUUUCGGUGGUGACAAAGAUAACGUUACUAUAUUUGGUGUCAGUGCUGGUGCUGCAUCUGUGGAAUACUUAAUUGUUUCACCAAUGGCAAAAGGACUUUUCCAUAAGGCUAUCCUUCAGAGUGGUUCUUGUCUUAAUCAUUGGGCAGUCAAUUAUGAAAUUAAGAAAUUAGCGUAUAAAGUUGCUGAAAAGUUAGGCUAUAAGGAGUCUGAAGAAGAUAAUGUUGCUAUUUACAAAUUUUUAUUAAACACAUCCGGUAACAAUUUAGCCGCUACUGCUUUUCAAAUCUCCGAAGAAUAUACAGAAAAAAGAAUUUUCUUUGGAUUUGUUCCAACAAUCGAAAAGGAUUUCAAUAAUGGAGAAGCUUUUCUAACGGAACAACCUUACCGUUUAUUAAAACAAGGACUAUUUAGUCACGUGCCCGUUAUUAAAGGCUUUUGUGAUAAGGAAGGUUACUUAAUGAAUAUGAUGAAGCCGAAAGCAAUCUUAGAUGUUUUGGACAAACAGAAUUUUAUUGAAUCUUGGUCUUUUAAUUUUGACACAUAUGAUAAUACCAAAUACAGCGCUAAAUUCUUACAAACCUAUUCGGAGAACAUUCAACCUGAAGAUGAUAAAGAUAAGCUCGCUGUAGAUUUUUUUGGCGACCUUGAUUUUGUAUCUGGAAUUUGGGUGUCUGGAAAAUUAAUGGCUCAAAGAGGUGUGCCCGUACGAUUUUAUGAAUUUUCAUAUGAUGGCAAACUGAACUUUUUUAAGCUCUUUUUUGGUGUAAUGAGAAAAGGAGCAGCCCAUGUUGACGACGUAGGUUAUGUUUUAAGCAAUGAAAUAACGAAGAAAGCAGAUGAGGAAGACCUUAUAGUAAGAAACACUAUGAGCAAAAUGUGGACUAACUUUGCUACAUUUGGUUCCCCUACUCCUGAUGGAAAUCUGGAUAAUUUGGUAGAAUGGCCUUUAUAUACGGAAAAGGAUCCAGUUUACUUGAGUAUUAACAAGGAAAUUAAAGCGCAAAGCAAUUACAAACCAAAUAAAAUGACAAUUUUCGAAGAAAUCUAUGAAAAAUAUGAAAAAUAA